GGUCCAACUGGACCCAAAGGAGAUAGGGGACCAACUGGUUUUUCCGGAAAUCCUGGAUUACAGGGUCCAGUAGGGUCAAAUGGUGCAACUGGUCCACCAGGACCUUCUGGACCGAAGGGUUUUCUUGGACAACCUGGACCCGUGGGUAAUGAUGGAUCGCCAGGUGCACAAGGUCAACCG